AAUCAGUUCAACCUGGUGAACACAGACUGCAUGUAGUGUAGAGCGGUUAAAUAAGCGUGUCUCCGCCAUAACGAAAGUAUCCACUUUCUUCUGUUUAGUUCCUUCCUCAUUUCAUUACUACAGCAACUACUACUGACUGACUGGCUGGCUGGCUAGCAGCAAAGUAAACGUAGAAGCAGUGGCCGAACAUCAUAAGCCAAAGCACAGCAUCUUUUCAUCGUCCGAUGCUCGCUCGCUCGCUCAACAUUAGAACAUCCACCAACUUUAAUCUCCAGUAACUUUACAGUGAAUUUGUGUUGAUUCGGCAAACAUUUGAAACUUAGUGAACCCGUUGGACAAAGUGUAGAGCAGUGUUAAAAAAUUCAAAUGUCAGGUCAUUGCAAUUAGUCGAGCGGACAUCAGUUCGAUCAUUAGCAUAUGGCAUCUAAAAGUGAUGUCAACAUGAGCUGCCUGUGUCGUUGUAGCAGCCACAGCCAUAGACGCCAAGCAAGGGUGGGCCAAUUAUCAUGGCUAGCAAUGCGCUAUUGCGAUUACGAUCACAACAACAACAACUGGUAUCAUCAAAAUCCGGACAUGGCAGUAAUGAAUCGUCGACCAGCCACAAAGAAUUAGAUACCCUGAAAACUUUUUCAAAAUUCUAUCCCUCCAAGAAGCAGCAGCAGCAAAGCAUAAUCCAACAGCAACAACAUCACCACACCAUCAAACUGCGACCUCAGCUCGGCAAGGUGGCCAAAAAUCAUUUGCAAGGCAUUUCAAGGCAACAUCAUCUUCGGCGGCAACCUUUAAUUACCCCCACGACGACGACCAAAACAACCACCGCCACCACGUCGCUUAAAAUCUGGAAGUGGCGAUCUCCGUCACUUCGUUUUGGCGGUCUUGAUUCGAUAGCGAUUUGGUUGCAAGUCUUAUUGUUCAUUGUUUAUGGCCUUAACGAUGUGGCUAACGGCGAAGGAAAUGUUGGUUGCAAAUUUGUCCGGACCCUGUGCUUGGAAGGGAGUGAAGUGUGCUUCGAUGACAACAUCUUUGGAAAGUGUAUACCAACCACUGGUGUCGAUAUGGAAGACAUUGAAAAAACCCCUCUCACGGAGGACCAGUCACGUUUACUCGCCACUAUGCUCGAGGAGUUGCAGGGGGCCGGGUUAGGCUGGGACCAUCCCUAUGUCCAGUGUCGCAUACAGGGUUCCUUGUUUUCCAUGCAAAAACAAAUCCAACUACCUCCCAAUCUCUGUGCUAAUCUGGCACCCAUGCCAACCGAUUUUGAACCUGCUGAUGCCAUGGCCUUUGUCCGCUUCAUACCACCCGAGGAGGAUUACCCGAAUGCCAACAAGCUCUUCUACCCGCCUCUAAAGAAACACAAUUCCCCCGGCCCGAAUGGCAUUAAUGCCAUUUUGCACCAACUGCAGCUGCAGGAUCGUCAGGUGCGCAAUGACCCCCUGGAGCUGUCACAAUUCGGAGAAUUCGACAGGCAUCGUGAAUCGCAAAUGAAUCCUCCCAAUGUCAUGGAUGUGUUUUUGGAAAACGAAAGGGCCCGCAUACAAAGGGAACAGGAGCAGAGGGAGGCCCAACUGGAGGCUGAACGCAAGGAGGCGGCGCGGAAUCGUUUGGAACUAUAUCAAAUGUUGGCUGCCUCUGAACCUGAUCCCCAGCCUUAUGAAAGGAAUCCGGAACGUAUAGCCGAUCAAAUGGAAACGGUACCAAUGCCUCCCUCAGUGCCAAUUUAUGUUCCCGAAGAACCAAGCGACGACUCUAAUGAAUUCUAUUUUCCCGAAAAUUAUGGUCCCCUCAAGCGUACAAGUCCUCGCAAGGGUGCCAUGGCACCCAUUGAGAAACCCAAUCAGGAACGUUCCUUUUUCCGUGAAUUGGCCCAGGAGAAGGGAUUGGAACAAGAACCCCGAGUCUACAUUGAAAUUCAAGUUCCCCUGGGGGUAGAAGAAAUCUCCACCACCAAAAGGCAACCCCAGCAAAUGGACACUGAAAACGACAAUCGUGACGACAUUGAGGAAAGUCUCUUCCGAAACUCCCUAACCCCCCUGCAAGAGGAAGCCAUGCUGUCGGCCAACAUGCAUCCACAUCGUCACAAACAACAUCGUCCGGAAAAAGUCUAUACCGAAGGUGGUCUCAUUACGAUGAAUGAACUUCCGGGCAUUGAUGCCACCUACAACAAGGAACAACGUAAGGAAGAGGCCCGCGAGCUGUUGGCCAAUAUGUUGGGUUUUACACGUCACGAACGUUUGGAUGUUAAGAAACCGGGUCCAAUGUUGGGUCCGCCACCCUCUGUCAAAGAGAAUUUGAUCCGCAAGUUAAACGGCUCCGAUGUGAACCACAACAAGGAACAGCUACCGGCACACAUCAAGGGCAGCAAUGAGGCUAGCAAGAAGAAGAAAGUUGUGAAAAACCACUCGGAUGAAGAUCAUGCACCGCAUACUGUCGAUACUGAGUAUGCGCAUGUGUUUGUCAAAAACCCCAUCGACAGUUGGAAUGAUGGCGUGCGCAUCGUAAACGAGUUGGCCAAUAUUUUACACAUGCAAGGAUACUUUACUUAUUUAACCGUUCUACCACAUGAAGUUUCAUUCCGGGUGGACUCAAAUAACCCCGAACACAAGACGGCCAUUGACAUUGCGCGUGCAAUCAAUGAGAAUCGUGGUGUCAAGAAUAACAUCCUUCGCCGCCUAGGUGUGACUGUGCUAAGUGCCGGUGUUGGUGAUAAAAUCAAACGCGAUGAAGAUGGCAGCGUUUCGGCAGCUCGAAUUGAGCUGGCUGACCAGGGGCCCGAUGUUACCCACAUCAUGGUUUACAUGUUUGCUGGGGCUGGGGCGGCAGCCAUUAUUGUUAUAUUCGUAACGUUGAUUCUGAUUAAGCGGCACGACAAAAAACGCGAUAAGUUGGGUGGUAUACAGUCGGGAAUUGCGGGAGCGGAAAGUUGCACCAAGGACUAUCAGGAUUUGUGUCGUGCUCGCAUGGCUGGCAAGGGUAGCAGUACUGUGGAACCGGUAGCGAGUGGUCGCAUUACAACGUUGAGCAAGGAUAACGAAAGGCCACCAUCGUCGCGAUCCAGUACCUCGUCAUGGAGUGAGGAACCGGCUCUAACGAAUAUGGAUAUUUCAACGGGUCAUAUGGUGUUGUCCUACAUGGAAGACCACUUGAGAAACAAGGGCCGCUUGCAAAGGGAAUGGGAGGCUCUAUGUCGCUAUGAGGCCGAACCCAGUGCCCGAGAUGCUGCAUUGCAGCCACAAUGUGCAAAUCUGAAUCGACCCGGAGCCCCCUUGCCCUAUGACCAUUCUCGUGUAGUCCUGAAUCACCUGGCCAAUGCUGAAGGUUUGGAUUACAUCAAUGCUUCGACCAUUACCGACCAUGAUCCCCGUGCCCCUGCCUAUGUGGCCGCACAAGGACCCAUUCCCUCAACAUUGGCCCACUUCUGGCAAAUGAUUUGGGAACAGGGUGCCGUUGUUAUUGUGGCCCUAUGUCGCCUGCAGGAGAACGGUGAAAUUGCCUGUGCCCGCUACUGGCCCGAGGAGGGAGCAGAAGUCUAUCACAUCUAUGAGGUUCAUUUGGUUAGUGAACACAUUUGGUGUGACGACUAUCUGGUCCGAUCAUUCUAUUUGAAGAAUUUGCGUACCAGUGAAACGCGAACUGUGACGCAGUUCCAUUUCCUGUCAUGGCCCCAGGGUGGAGUACCACCUCAGGCAAAGGCAUUAUUGGAUUUCAGAAGAAAAGUCAACAAGUCCUAUCGCGGCCGUUCCUGUCCAAUUGUGGUUCAUGGCAGUGGUGGUGCUGGACGCACGGGAGCAUACAUCCUAUUGGACUUGGUUUUGGGUCGAAUGAAUAAGGGAGCACGAGAAAUUGACAUUGCGGCGACAUUGGAACAUUUGAGAGAUCAGAGAGCCGGUUUGGUGGCAACGCGACAACAGUUUGAGUUUGUCCUUAUGGCGGUGGCCGAGGAGGUACAUGCCAUACUGAAGGCAUUGCCGGCAAAUCAAUCGAAUGAGAAAAAGGAUGCGGAAAUAAGUCGAGAGACGGGCGUACUGAAGGAGGAGGAGGAAACGGCAAUAACGACGACGGCGGCAGCAACAACAUCAACACCCACCAACAAAGGCAAGACGGCGACGACUAAUGCGACUAUGGAAGACAAGGACACGGAUAAGGAAAAGGAAACGAAACAGACACCGGCAAAAACGACCACGACGACAACAACGGCAUCGGCAACAGGAAAAUCCACACCAAAAGGCGAUAAUAAAAAGAAAUAAAAACGGGGUUUUUAAUUUGGCUUAAUUUAUGAAUUUUGAUUUGGUUUUCAAAUUUCUUUAUGUAAGGAAUGGGCUAGUUCUGGAAGGUUCGAAAAAGGCAAAUAUGGAGUGAGAGCGAAAAUGAUUUAUUUAAUUUUUUAUUUAUUUAUUUAUUUUUUUUUUUUGGAAUUUUUGUUUUGAAAAUUUAUGGUUUAUAUACCACGUUUUCUAGUAGUGCGUUAAUAUUAGCAAGUCGUGGCAGUUUGUGGACCAAAUUUACUAAAUUACCAGCCCUUAGCUAAAUUUGGGGACAAGCCAAUGCCAACUUGAUAACUCGAUUAACCGCUAACGGAAAAUGCCCUAGCUCUAGCUUAAGUGUUGGUAGUCUAUAAGAGUCUAUAUAUUUAUAUAAAAUACAAAAAAUAUAUUUAUAUGAUAUAAGAAAUGCUUCAAAAGAAAAACUAAACCAAAAAAAGUAAUUAAACCCAAAUUAAAAAAAAAAAAAAACAGAAAAUGGAGAACACGUUAAAGUAUGAAAGAUGAAGAAGAAAAAAAACACAAAUAAUAAAAUCAUUAAUUAUUAUCAUUAUUCUUACUUUUAUUCCAUUAUACAAAUAAAUAAGUGUACUAAAAAUGUAUAGAUGUCUACAACAACAUUACAAUACCAAAUAACAACAACAAAAGCGUAAAAAAAUUAACAAGAAGGUGUUUAAUUUUUAUUUGUGGCCCGCUCUGCUCGGCGGGCAAAACAAACAAAAAAUACAUGAUUGGCAAAAACGAUUCACAGAGAUUGCAGAUGAAAACAAGAACAACAUCAAACAACAAAAAAAAAAACGACAAAAAUUGCUAUUUUCCUAUCAUAAUUAUUAUUACUGUAACGAUUAUUAUUACUAUUAUUAUCGAUGUGUUUGUUAAAAAUAUUAAAGAAAAAACAAAGACAACAAAUAUAUAUAUCAUUAACUAAUAUGUGUACCUUAAAGAAAUCAUAUAUAAAUUAAAAAAAAACAAAGGGUGUAUCACACACACAUAUAUAUACAAAUUAUGAACAUUUAUAUGCAAACCAAACCAUAAAUAAAUUAUUAUUAUUAUUAUGAAAACAUAAUAAAAUAAAAAUAAAAAUAUUAUUAUAAAAAUAACAUACUAUAUCAAUUAAAUGUAUGACAUACCUAAAAGAAAAAAAAGGAUUGACCUAUAAAAAAAAUCUAAUUAAAAUUAUUCUAUUUUAUUCCAAAUCGUUAUUGCCAAAUUUUAGAAAAAUUUAAACAAUUUUUAUCAACACUCAACUAUGGGCAGCUAAAAAAUUGUAAAUUUGGCAAUGGAGUUUUGGAAAGUUUUGAAUAUAUAAAGGCAUUUUUUUUCAUUAGCACAAAUAUGUAAUUUUUUAUUAUUUAAAUUUUUUGGUAUUUUUUUAAUUUAAAACACGGUGCUGCUAAAACAAAAAAUAAAAAAAAAUUAAAAUGGGAUCUAUGAAAUAUAUAAAAAUCCAAGUUUCAUGUGAAAAUUACAGUUCCUUGCAGGUAAAGGAAAAAAUUGAAGGAGAUCUUAAUGAAGUAUAAAAAUCUAAGAUUCGUGUGGUUACUGAAGUUCCUUUUCAAGCGAAGAAAACAGAAGUGAGGUUAUGUGCUUAUAAAAAUAUGACCCAAUUUUUGGAGAUUUCAGAAAAAAUGAAAUUUUAGAAUCUCUCUAUAGAAAUUCCACCAGGGUCUGACAAUGAUAUUCAAAAAACCGAAUUUGAAACACGAAAUGUAUAAAAAAUGAUCUUGAUUUAAAUUUUAGUGGAGUUACUCCAUAAAGUAGAAGUUCAUUAGAAGAAAAGGAAACAAAAGUGAGGUUAUGUUCUAACCAGUGCGAAUAUGCCCUAGUUUUAGGGUGAUUUAAGAUAUGGAGACAUACAGAAAAAAGAGACUCCACAGUCGUUAGAAUUUAUUCCAUACAAAAAUAAAAUUAGGCCUCGGGGUCUAAGGAAAAGUUAUCGAUUUGAGUAAGACCUUUGGGGAUUUUUUAGAAAAAAAAUUAGAUUUCGGGAUUUAGUGACAGAAUUCAGUCCUAAUAUUGAAAGAAAUGGGGCUUAGGUCUCAAGAUCUAAGAAAAAAAAUUGCCUUCUUAAAUAAGAAGCUUUGGCACUUUUUUAAGAGCAAAACGAAUCUCAAAUUAUUUUCAAAGAAAAAAUUCAGUUCCAAAAAAAGUAUUUUGUUUACAAAAAAGUUUAGGUCUCAGAAUCAAGGAAUAAAAUCAACUUCAAUGAAGGUAUUUGCGGAUAGACGAAAGUCAAUAUUUUUAAAAAUAUUUUUUUUUAGAAUUUCCUUUUAAUAUUCCAAUCAAAGCUGGAGCUACAAGUAAAAAAGUGAGGUUAUGUUAGAGAAAUUUGGGUGUUUCAAAGAAAACAUUACAAUUCUUCUAACACAAAAUGAUAAUUCCAAGGCGAUUUGGGGUGACAUUACAUUAAAUGAUAUUUUUCAAUGUACCUUUAAAUCUGAUAAAUUUAUAUCACAGAAAUAUAUGAGACCUCACUGAAAAUAUUAAAAAAAAUAUCAGAUAAAAACAAUAAAUAGUAAUUUCAAAGAAAUUUUAAUUAAAACUCAGUUUCCGAGGAGUAACUUUUUAUUGACCAUAUCAAAUAUAUUGACCAAAGGAAUAUAAGGAUUUAAGGACAUUAAUUCUCUGAUACAAGAUUUUUGUAUAAAAAACCCGUAGAAAUGUUGGAUUUGGCAGAUCGGACAUCAAAAUCAGAAAAUUGCUCCUUAAAAUCCCGUUAUAACGAUGAAAAUAUUUCAAUAUAUUUUCCUGGUUAAUUCGAAGUUUCUUGGAACAAUUUUUGUAUUUUAAGGAUAUUCUUGCCAUGAUUUCGCAAUUUAAAAUAAUUUCAAGGCGAGUUGAGGGAUUUAAGGAUUUUUUAUAAAGAAAAAUAGUGAUAUUAUAGGCUUCAACUUCAGGGUCUGACAAAAUUCUUACAUAACGGGGUCUUAGAAAAAUUUUGUAUGGAUCAGAUAAUACAUCAAAAAUACAAAAAAAAAAAUAAAUAAUUUUACGCUAAAAAACUAAAAAUUCAAUAUAAUUGGCCUGAGAAGAUAUUCUAAAAAAAAUUUUAAUUUGAGACAAAUUUAAGGCGAUGUGGCUUCAAGGAAAAUUUGAAAAGCUGUAUUUAAAGAAAACAAUUUUUCUUAUGUCUUCGAGUUUUUUGCAAAGAAAUUCCCUGACCAUAAACUGGAGAAAAUAACAAUAGAAAUAAUCCGAGGAUAGAAAAAAUUAUCCAAAAUUAUUAGAUACCUAUUUUUCUGUGGAACAAAUUAUGCUUCAGGGGUCAAACAUGUAAAAAAUCAGACAAUUUGGCCCAAUGACAUGAUUUUAGGCAACUUCCAGGGGAUUUAAUAGCAAUGAACAUUUGAAAAACUUGCCCAUAAUCUGAUGUGAAAAUAUGAAAAUUUAUACUCCCAUAAAAAAAUUAUUUCGAAUGUCGCAGUAUUUUGUUUUUUAAACAAAAAACCGGAAGAAAAGGAAUGUCGAAAUUAAAUCUGAAGAAUAUAUUUUUAUAAAAAAUAGGUUGAGAUAGAACUCUAUCAUUGAGCAAGAUUGUUCCGACUGGAAAAAGGUUAAUAUUGUCUUUAGUCAACUUCGGCCGAAAUGGGGUGUGAUGAGUAUUGUACAUUCGUGUAGCCCCCAUUGAAGACUAAUAUAUUCAAGGCUAUUUUCGUAUAUAGUAACACUUCCAGCACUUAAAUCCCCAAUUUUUUCGCUUAAUAUAGUCUCGGACAUGUUUCCAUAUUAGAAAUAAAAUCGAAUUUUAAAAAUCCAAAUCAAAAAAAAAAAAAAAUUAAUUAGCGGAGGGGCUUUUUGAAUGCAAAGAAUCCUUUGUCGGAGUUUUGGACUUUUUUUUGAAAAAUGGCAACACCUCAGACCAAAGGUCUAUAAUUUACAUCUCGGACCCGGAGUAUUACCAUAAACCGGGAAAAAUUUAUACAGAAAAUAUCCGAGAAUUUCGUGGCAGGAGGGCAACUUUUCGUAUUGUAGUCAAAACUCUCUGAGUGAACCAAGAGAACAUGUCCAUGUCCUUAUUUCAUAGGUUCAAUCUCUUGGCUACAGAGACCGAUGGAUCUUCCAAAAACAAACACAGUGUCUGAGGACAAUAUUUGUAUAUUACAAACAAGAAAAUCUCUCCAGUCAUAUUUUAGAUAUAUGGGUUCGAAACUUCAGAUUGUGGUUAAAAAAUACAUGACAGGAUAAUUUGAAUUAUCUGGUCAUCUGAUGCCACACAUCUUGGGUUCUUUGUUUCACAAAGUAUCUGAGAACAAUAUAUAUAUAUAUUUUUUUUUAUUUUUUUUUUUUUUUGAUCUAUGAGGAACAUAAAAUCGACAAACCCUGCCACUAAGGGCAGUACUUAAAAUCCAUGAUAACUUAACCAAAAAAAAAAAAAAAUAAAAAUAAAAAAUUAAAUAAGGAACUUAAUGCAACAAAGUCCCUUAUACAAAGGUUAACUCAAGCUCGACGGGUGAUAUUGAGAGAAUCGUGAUAUUCGGUAAUAUUCCAAACAUUUUGUUUUUUGCAAAAUCUCAAAUCGUACCUCAAUUUCGAACACCCGGAGUAUCAUUUAUACUACGUAUCUGAAAAUACGGGUUGAAAUUAGAACGCUAAUUAUUAAGAUUGGAAUUGAAUAUCAUCAUCAGAAAAUCUCUGAUCAUUUUCCUAAAAUUUUCCUUUAAAUGAUCCAAAUAGACAUAAUUUCAGGAUGGAACAUGUACAAACGUCUCUUGAAAAUGUCAAAAUCUCAACUUGGAGCCUGAUUUUUGCAAAAGAAAAAAUAACCUUCUAAAUAUAAUGACUACAGUAUUCUUUAAGAAAAUAUACGUAUUGUAAGUAAUACAAGGAUCAUUGGGACCUGGUAAAUCCGUGUGGGAAUUCAAACCAAUCGAAAAGCUACUUUUAAUUGAUUAUAGACUUUCUGGAACAAUUUUAAACACUUCCUCUCCUUUUCAGUUCCUAAUUACAUAAUUCCACGGUCCAAUGUUUAAAUAGUUUAUGACCCUUUUUAAAAUCUAUUGGUUUGAAAUUUUCAGAAAAUUCCAAACGAAAUUUGAUAUAAGUUCAUUGAUUUUAUAUUACUAUAUAUUUUUUUACAUUUUUUAUUUUUUUUUUUGUUUUUUUUUUUUUUUUUUUUUUAUAUUUUAUUCAAUAAUCUAAAUGUGAUUUUCUAAAAAGUCAUGGUCUUAGACGACCUCCCAAAGGAAAAAAAAAAAAUUUGAGCAACCCUACUUGUCAUAGGGAUAGGGAAUUGAAAGUAAGCAGUGAUUAUUAAAAUUGAAAAAUGUUGGCCUCUGGCACUAUAGAAGCACCGUGCAAUAGCAAAAUUAUUAUAAUUUAAUUUUUUACUUUUCAUUUAUUUCUAUUUUCUAUGAAUUGUAUAUUUUUUAAUAAAUUUUAAAUUUGGCCCCCCAAACUGGGACCUGCUAAACUAUUAACUGCUAAUUUGUCUAUAUAAGGAAGCUCAAAUAUAUAUAACAACAAAGGCAGUUAUCCAACAAAAAAUUAUUUAAAACUUUUUUGUUUGAAAAUGCUUCUUUAAAGUACAAAAAAAAUUGAAAACAACAACAACUACAAAACACAGAUACCAAAACAAUGAUGGGAUAUCAGUAAAGGAUUUAAAAAUUAAAAUAAAUAAUACAAAAAAAUAAAAUAAAAAUCCACACACACAAUUUAUAUAUAGUAAGAAAAGUUAAUAAAUAAAAACAACAACAAACAACAAAUUAAAACUAUGUAAACGAAGAAAAAAAAAACAAGUAGCUUUCAUUCAAUAUUUUGUUCUUUUAGAUUAACAACAACAACAAACAAAAACAUUUCAUUUUGGCAUAAAACAAAAACAAAACACAUUAAAUAUUACAACAAGCAACAAAGAAAACUUAAAUAAAAUAUUACAAUAACUGUGGAGUUUAAAAAAUAAUGACUAUUUAAAAAAAGCAACAAUAACAACAACAACAUUAUACCAACAAUAAGAUCACACAAAAACAACAAGAAGAAAGUGUAAAUAACAACUUGAAAAACAAAAAAACAAAACAAAAACGACACUUUGAAUAUUGGUCGAAAAAAACCAACAAUUUUGAUUUAGAAUUUAAUAAAAAAAAUAAAAACAAUUAUUAAACCAUUAAAAACAACAGUAGUGUUAUUGUAGCAAAACAAAGCGUUAUUCAAUUUAAAUAAAUGAAAGAUAUAUAAAUAUAUGAAUUAACAUUAGCAAAACAAACAAACACAAUUCAAUUCAAAUUUAAAACAAAAGAGAAUAUAAACAAAAAAAUAAUAAUAAUAAAAUAAUACAAAUUUUAAAUGAUGGUGUAAAUUAAAAAAAAAAAUAUAUAUAUAAAUCCGUAAUGAAUGUAAAAAAAUCCAAAAAAUGAAAGAAAAUACUAAUACAACCAAAACCCAAAUGCAAUGUAACUGUACAUCAACACAAAAACACACAUCCGAAAUCAAUCAAAAGGAAAUAAAAAAAAAUCGAAAUACUAUCAAUGUUUAACCUCAAAUGCAAAUAAACCAAGAGAGAUAAAAAUCGACAAUUUUUUUUGUAAAUUUUUAUUUGAAAUGCCAUUUCACAAAGAAUUCCCUAACAAAAAAAAAUAAAUAAAAAUCAAGAACUCACAAAAAAUGUAUUUAAACGCACAAUAUUGAAAAUUCAGCUUUGAUAUAAAAAAAUGUUAUUUUUUAUAUUUUAUAUAAUAUUUACUAUAUUUUUUUUAAUUAUUUUAUAAUAAUUUCGAAAGCCUUUUGUUGUAUUUAUUUUUUGUAUUUUUUUCUUUUGGUUUAUUUAGACAAAAAAAAAUUAAAUUAAAUCUGACUUAAAUUUAAAGAAGAGGUUAUAUAAUAUAUCCACCAGCCUACCAGUGGGGAUAAUUUAACAUAGUAUGUCUUUAAUUAAUUUAUCUCUGGGUAAUUCAUGUUAUAUAAUUCACUUUUGGAUAAUGAUAUACCAAAGCUAAUAAAUUAUCCAAAAAUGUGGAUUUUUGACCUUUAGAUAAAUUCUCCUUAAAUAUGGGAAUUUUUUUAUAUUUAUAAUUAUAAAGCAACGUCGAUAAAUUAUUUUUAACCUUUCGAUAAAAUCUCCUCAAAUAUGGGAAAUUUUUACAAACGAUUUCGGCAACUUUUAUAAUUAUCGAAAAAUUAUAAGCAGCGUGCAAAAAUUACCAUUCAACGGCAACGCGGAUAACUAAUCUGUGGAUAAUUUAUCCAGCCAAGGUGAAUAAUUCGUCUUUCGAUAAUUUGUCAACCAACAUGGAUAGUUCAUUUUUGGAUUAUUUAUCCAAAAAACGUGAAUAAAUAAUCUUUUGAAAAUUGAUCCAUUUGGGAAAAUAGGAAGUAUUUCACAUAAACUAUCAAAAACUAAAAAGAAGUUAAACCGUUGGAAGCCUUGUUAACUCGUUUCUUGUGGUUGACCCCUCAUUGGGCGCCACAAGUACCAUUUGCGAGAUUUGUUUAUGAUCCUCAAGAAAAUAAAUAAAAAAUUCGAUUUCUCUCAGGCUCCACUUGAAAGUCCGAAAGAUUAAACCAAGAAGUUAUUGGAAUUUUUUUCAGAAAAAUUAUAUUUUUCGAAAAAUUAUAAAGUAAUCUGCAUAAAUUACCAUUCGAUAAUUAGUCCACCAAUCUGGAUAACCAAUCUUUGAAUAAAUUAUCCGCCAACGUGAAUAAUUCAUAUUUAGAUAAUAUAACCACCAAUACAGAUAUAAAUUUUAAAUCGUCUUGCGAUAAUUUUUCCACCAAAAUGGAUAAUACAUUUAAGGAUUUAUCCAAAAAACGUGAAAAUGAAAAAUAUUUCACAUGACUGUCCUACAGGAAACUAUCAAAAACUACCAAGAAGUCAAACCGUUGGAAGCCUUGUUAACUCGUUCCUUGUGGGGGGACAGAUCGUCCUGAAACGUUAUUAUUAAAAAAAUCGGUUGACCCCUCGUUGGGCGCCACAAAUACCAUUUGAGAGAUUUGUUUAAGAUCCUCAAGAAAAUAAAUAAAAAAAAAUCGAUUGCUCUCAGACUCCACUUGAAAGUCUAAAAGAUUAAACCAAGAAGUUAUGGGGUACAUUCAUCUGGAAUGGUCCCAAUACAAAUCUAACAUUUUCUUUUAUUUUUUUUUUUCUGAGUAUCCAAUUGGGCGCCACAGAUACCUUUUGAAAGAUUUCUUAUGAUCCUCAAAAAAUUUCAACAAUUUCCAAGUAAAGUCUGAAAGAUUAAACCAAGAAGUUAUACCUUUGUAAGCCUCGUUAAUCGGCACCUUAUGGGGUACAUAGACCUGAUAUGGCCCCCAUUAAAAUCUAAAAUUUUCCAUAGUUUGAUUUCUGAGAAUCAAAUUGGGCGCCACAAACACCAUUUCAGAAUUUUUUUAUGAUCCUCUAGAAAAUAUAUAAAAAAUUCGAUUGCUCUCAGACUCCACUUGAAAGUCUGAAAGAUUAAACCAAGAUGUUAUACCUUUGUAAGCCUCGUUUAUAGGUACCUUUUGGGGUAUAUAACACUGAUAACCUUUUUUCUGAGAAUCCAAUUGGGCGCCACAAAUACUAUUUGAGAAAUUUUUUAUGAUCCUCAAGAAAAUAAUUAAAAAUUCGACUGCUCUCUGACUCCACUUGAAAGUCUGAAAGAUUAAACCAAGAAGUUUUUGCUUUGUAAGCCUCGUUAAUCGACACCUGGGAUGGCCUCCAUUAAAAUUUGACAUUUUCCAUAAUUUUUUCCAAUAGUAUUCAAUAUGCCUCAUUGGCAAGUAACAUCAUUUUGCGAUUGACUCUCGUUGGGCGACACAACUAUUAGAAGUAAUGUUAGAACUAUUAGUCCAAUUUGAGAUAUUUCGUAUGAUUCUCAUUGAAAAAGCUCUUUCACUUGGAAGUUUUGAAUUUAAAUUUCUAAAACUACCAGAUGUUAAAGCGUUGUAAUUCCCUGAUAAUCCGUACUUUUAAAUAAAUAAAAAUUUCGAACGAAUGCCAUGGGCCUAUUAAAAUCUGGUAUUUCUGAGCAUUCAUAACAAUUUUUGGGAUAGUAAAUUUAUUUUACGAUUAACUCUCGUUGGGUGCCACAAAUAUUGGAAGGAAUGUUUUAUGAUAGGACAAAAUUUAACAAUACCACAAAAAAAAAAUCGACUGAUAUUUCACUCGAAAGCCUCAGAUAAAAUUUCCAAAUCUAAACAUUUGUGACCCCGGUUAACCCGUAAUUUAUAGAGUAGAGAUCACCUUAACAUUGCACCUUAAAAUCUGACUUCAAAGAUUUUUUCUCAGAAUCCAUAUUCCGAAACCAUUUUUGACGAAACAUAAAAAAAUUACUUUUCAAAAUAAAAUAUACAAAGAAUUGCAGAAAAGUAGCCAUUUGGACGGUAUAUCCCAGAUCCAUCAUCCACGUAUAUCCCAGAUCCAUGCCAAUAAAUGGAUAAUAACGUCAUUUUAGGUUGACUCCAGAGAGCAACAAAUAAAAAAAAAACGUGUGUUCCAUUAUGGUCUGGGUCCAUAACUGUUGGCUUGCACCUUCAAAUUUCAGUUGAGUUCAAUAUUUAAUAUUUAUAACAUAAAAUAUCCUUCCUUUCAAAACUUUUACAUGUACCCAUUAUCGCGUGACACCAUCAUUCAUUAAAUAACUCAUUGUAAAUAUUAACAUUGGGCAUAUAAAAAGUAGCAAAUGAUGAUUCAAUAUUCUACAUUUUUCCGGUUUGCUAGUCACAUAAAUGUAAAAUGGCGCCCAAUUCAACCGAAUCCACUUACUUUGCCAAUAAACAACAAUAUAAUUCUUGGACACCCAAUAAAACUGAAUUGGGUGGAAGUAUUUUUUUUUUUUUUUUUUUUUUUUGGUUUUGUUAAUUACUUUCACUUAAUGUGGCAAUUUCAAAAAUAAUUGAUCAUAAUUAUUCAAUUACAAAUUUAUAAUUUUAAAUUAUUUUUCUUAUUUUUAAACCUUUUUUAUGGUUGGACUACUUUAGAACAACGACAAUAAUGACGACAUUGCUAAAAACAUUAUAAUAAUCUUUAUAUAUACAUAUAUUGAUUAUUAUUAAAACUAUUGGAAACAUUGUAAAGAAAUCUGCUGUAUGGUCGAUUCAGUAACUUUUAUCGAUUUGGAAAGUUGUUUAAGUCUCUGAAUUUCUUAAAAAAGUUACUGAAUCGACCUUCCUUAAAGUCAAUUUUUAAAUGUUUAUGGUUAACAAAUUGAGUAAGUAACUUAAAACACGUUAUCGAGUUUUCUUUACAAUGCUUCCAAUAACAACUAAUAAAUGGUUUAAGUUCCUAUUCGGACAGGAAGACAGAAAGACUAACGGCGACCGACUUAAUAUUGGACCAUUAAAAACAUGUAAUAAAAUUUGGACUGAGGACAGUAGAUUUAAAUAUAAAUAAAAAAUAUUUUUCUUUAUUUUAAUUAGUACAAUUAUUUUGAAAAUUGGGUAUAGAGAAGAAGUUCGAAACAAUAAAUAAAUCACGAAAACAUAAAGGACUAUAGAUUUACAUAUUUGAAAUUUAGUCGAAAUAUGGGAAGAAUUGUCUUGAUGAGUUUUAAACCUACCAAUUUUCUAACAUUUCUAUGUGAAAUUAACACCUAAGUUGGUUCCCAAAUUGGUAAAGUUAAAUUAAUACAACUAACAUAUUGAGACAAAAAUUAUCCUCAUGAAUGAAACUGGCGCCCAAUGUGAAGUUGGCCAUAUUUUCCGUCAAUAUCAGAAAUUGACACCAAACUCAACUUCAAAAAUGAUAAAGUUUGCUUGUAACCAUUAUAUUCCGCGUGGCUCCCAAAAUAAGAAAUAAGGUAAUUGAAAUCGACUCUGAAUAAGAAGUAUAUCCUAUUCAGCUCAAAACGGCUUUGGUUUUCAUGUUUAUCACCAACUAUUUGAGAAUUCGAUCUAAAAAAAAAAAUAUUUGAAGAUUUAAAAAUGGCGCCCAAUGGGAUUGAGUGAAGUUUGGACAAAUGUUAACUUCACACAUUUGUAUAUGCCUUCGGGGCAGAAAUAGAAUUCAAAACGACUCAAAAAAAUGGUGUUAAAUGUUUAAAAUGUCAUUUUUUUGGAAUUAAGUAAAGUUACCACUAGACUUUGUCUCAAAUAUACCAAAAUACCAAUUUAUAAGGCCCAUGAUAUCGGAAAAAAUAUAUUUCCUACUACAGUUGAAAUUGGCGCCCAAGUAAUUUCUUACGAAACCAUUCCAAAUUUAAAAAUGGCUGAAUGGCAGAAUUGGUAUUUUGUGAAGUUUAUGUAAUAGUUGACUUCUUGAAUUUGUAGAAUCGAUUCCGGAGUAGGUAUAAAAUUCAGCAACACACAAGAAAUUGGUUUUUGGUCGAAAAUGUUUACAAAAAUGAUAUUUGACCUUCAGUUUCGAGAAUGGCGCCCAAAUGACCAGGACUAACUUAAGACCAAUAAUUUUGUGCUCCGAUUGCAAAACCGAAUUUAUUUUUUGAGAACUUAUAUCAGAAAGUAGAAAUCGACGCUGUUUUCGAAAUGAUAAAGCAAUGAUUUGGCUGCAGCAAAAUCAAAUUUCUCUAGAAUUAUCUCACAUUGUUUUAAGAAAGUUAAAAGAAUUGGAGAUUGUAUGUUUUCUCUUAGAAACUAAGUUGGCGCCCAAUGUGGUUUGUCAGUGUUUUGAGAGUAAGUGAAGUUAUUACAAGUCUUAAUUCCAAAUAUUUCAGAAUAUACCAAUUUAUAAAACCCAUGAAUCGGAAAAAUAUAUUUCCUACUAGAUUUGAAAUUGGCGCCCAAGUGUGGGUAAUUUCUUAAUAAUUGACUCCUUGAAUUUGUAGAAUCGAUUCCGGAGUAGGAAUAGAAUUCAGAAACGCACAAGAAAUUGCAUUAUGGCCGAAAAUGUUUACAAAUAUUUGAUCUACACUUUUGAGAUUGGCGCCCAAUUGGCCAGGACUAGUUGACUUCUUGAAUUUUCAGAAUCGAUUCUUGAAUAGAAAUUGAAUUCAAACAUACCCACAAGUGUUAUGUCCGAAAAUGUUUAAAAAAAAUGGUAUUUGACCUUUACGUUUGAGAUUGGCGCCCAAUUGGGCAGAACUAAAUUAAGGCUAAUCAGUUUGCAGCUGCCUUCCCUGACUUCUAGAUAACUUUGUGCUCCGUUUGCAAAACCGAAUUUAUUUUUUGAGAACUUAUAUCAGAAAAGAGAAAUCGAAGCUAUUUUCGAAAUUAAUUUCGAAAUGAAAAAGUAAAAAAUACGCUGCAGCAAUCUCAAAUAUCUCUUGAAUUAUCCCACAUUGUUUUAGGAAAGUCGGAAAAAUUUAAGGUUAUGAAAAUGCAAACCAAUAAAUAUUCAUAUAAAUUUUUCUGAAGUUAAGUCAGAUUAAUUUAAUUUUAUAAGUUAUAACUUAAAAAUAAGCAAAUAUUUAUUAAUAAAAAAUAUUUUCAUUUUUUUCAAAACAAAAAGGUAUUUUAAAUAAAAAUUUACAAAAAAAAAAAAAAACGAAAAUUUAUACCCAAAAACCAAUCAAUCUCAACAAUCCAUAACAUAUUGAAAAAACCAAAACAUAUAUGUAAAAGGCUUUCAAAACAUUAGACAUUUCCAAAUAAAUAAAUAAUAAAAAAAACUAACAAGGCUUUAAAUAUAAUAAACAACAUGACAUACGAAAACAGAAAAUAAAAACAAUUUUUUAAUUUUUUAUUUUCUUUUCGUUUUUAGUUGUAAGAAAAUAUUUCCUAAAAAAAAAAACAAAAAAUGAAGAAGAACGACGAUGAGGAAAACAAUAUUGAAUAUGAAAAAUAAAAAACUGGCCGUUUCAGGAAAAAUAAAAAUAGAGAGAAAUUUUUGCAUAACAUGUUAAUAAUGACAUUCAGCAUUAUAUUAUGUGUUUUAUAAAACAAAAUAAAAAAAAAUAAAAAUAUUUAUGUAUUUAAAAAAAUUAUCAUAAAAAUUCAAAUUUUUGAUGAUAGGCUUUCAUGCAGUUUUUUUUAGUUUUUUGUUAAUCAAAAUAUGAAAUAUGUGUUAUUUGAAAAAAAAUUAUACUGAGUAGAGGUAUUUUAUGCAAAUUAAUGUUAAAAAAAAAUACAAAUAGAAAAUGGCGUUUUAAAAAUGGAAGAUUGCAAAGUAACUAAAAACAAAAUACUAAAAAAUAGUACAUGACAAUUAAAAAUAAAAAUAAAAUAUUUUUUUUCUGAAUUAAAAACAAAACAAAAACAAGCGAACAAUUAAAUUAACCAAAGAUUAAAAAAUAAUUAUUAAAUAAUGCAAAAACAAAAAAAAAAUAAAAAAUAUAUAUUAUACACAUCUAUAUAAAUCUCAAUGUGUUGGAAGAAGGAAAAAGAAUUUGAUUUUCAAAGGAAAACGUUUAAAAUCGUUGAAGACAUUAUUAAAAAAAAUAAAUAUAAAAAUCCCAAAAAUUAAAAUUGAAUUAAAUACAAAUACAUGCAACCAUAAAACAAUUAUUAGUGAAUUUCUCUUAAAUUGUAAUUCUAUAUGAUAUAUAAAAAAAUAUGAAUAAAUAAAAAAAGAAACAUAAAACGAUUCGAUACGAUAUGCAUUUAAAGCAAGAACAUCCCUUUUGAAAAUGAUCAUAUAAAACAGCACACUUUAUACUUAAAUAAAAAAUUGAACAAAAAUGGAAUACAAGAACAAAAACAACAACCAACAAUUCUUAUAAACUAUAAAUGUAUUAUUCUCAAUGUUUUAUGAAUGUAUUUUGAGCAAAACCAAGAAAAAACAAACCCGAAUACAUUAUUAUUAUUCAGCAGAAAAAAACAAAAACCCAAGAAAGAAAACCAACGGAAAACCAUUAACAAAAUAUUAUCAAUUAUUAUACAUAACAAAAAAAAAAAAUAUAUAUAUACUAAAGAUAUACAUGCAUAUUAUUAUUUACAUACAUGUCUUGUAAUUCACACAAAAAAUGCAAAAAUGAAUGACGGAACGAUGAUCUACCCCCCACCUGGCGGGGGAUCAUCGAAAAACCCCACAAUUAAAGACAACCCCCCUAAAAAAAAAAAAAACAAAAUAAACAA